AUGGGUAACCCCAUAUCAAAGGCAAUUAAAGAGCAACAGAAAAAAAAUGACGAGGAGGCUGUGGAGGCAUUUCAGCUUAUGCACAAGAGGAUGCAGAGCAAGAUCGACUCUGCAUCUGCCAAAGUAAUCUAUUCAUUAAUUUUAUAAUUUCGAAAUUUAAAGAAAGGAGGACUUUGUUUUGGUUCAGUUUAUAUGCAAGCUAUUCAUUAAACCGAGUACAUGUAGAUUGUUUUUAAGACGGAAUUCAUCGGAAAAUUCGCGGAGUAAUUUGAAUUUUCAGUGUACAAAAACCUUUGUACUUUUUCGUGGAAAUUGUGAAAAGACAGGCAAAAUUUCACCCGUAAGAUUUUGAUUCUGUAAAAUUUGAAAUAUACUUUCUCGGGCUCCCAUAAGAAAUUUUCUUUGGUGUUAUUAGAGGUAACUAAUUAAGUCUGUGGCCCUUGAAAAGUUUUAAAAUAGAAUACAGUACUCUUAAGUACAAGGUUUUUGACCACUGAAAAUUAAAAUUACUCAAUUUCCUGGUGGAAUCCGUCUUAAUUUCCCUUGAUCGUCACUGCCAUACUCAAGUCAUCAAACCUUUUGCUGUUAUCGUUUUUUUUUCUUUAGUGAAACAAUUAGUUAAAUAGCUUUAAAUGCUAGUUGACACGUAAAAUCACAUGAUCCAGCUACAAUACUUAAGCCUGAAUUUUUUUUAGAUGGAGAACUCAGCCGUAGAGGAUAAGAGUUUGCCAAUCGUCGCGGUCGUGGACAAAUCGAUGAAAUACUCGAUUAAGGUUUCCAGCGCUACAAGUGAAGAAGUCGGGAAAGCCAUCUGCGAGGUCCUUAAGGGGGAUUUCCUCAGUGGCGUCACAGACCUGAUAACGGUGGGUUUGAACGCGAUGUUGGGAAAUGAGUCGGUUGGCGAAACUGAAAAGCAAGACUUCCAUGUGGUGUUCGCGAACAAUAGCCUUUUGCGCAUCGAUUGCAUGUUUUACAAGUACGAAUUUAGCUCGAAAGGGCUCAUCGACAAGGCCCAGAACAUCUUCUGCUACUAUCUUCAGGUUGGCGUUCUGGAUCUGGAAAAGGUGGAUCCACAAAUUCUGCUGUAUGAGCUCACUAAAGCCGUCGGAGAGCGCAGUCUUCCAGGUGCUUCCAGACACUUAAAGGAGCUGAAUGCUUUCGCCAAGGAUUCUUUACUCUGCGAUAAACGAAAUGGGCAGGGCAGCUGUUGGUGA